AUUUUCUUCAAGCAGCGGAUGGCAAGUGCUACUGACGGUUAUCUGCUGCCUUUUCUCUCGGUUGUUGACGGAAGCGGGUGCAAAAAAGCUCCUGACUAGAGAUGGAGACCAAGAGACCAGAUGCCCAGCAGCUGCUGCAACGUAAGGAAGAGCAGCUGGAGAGGAGCUCCAGUCUGGACCAGGAUGAACAAAAACCUUGUCUUUUGAAGAAAGUGAAAGAGGAGGAAGAAGAAGACUACGACGUCUCCAAGUUCUCAUUCACUCCUGUUAAUGUAAAGACUGGUCGUAAUGCUGCGGGAGCAGGGUCUUCAACUGGCUGCAGCAGCAGCAGUGACCGAUCAUCUGCUGCCUUUUUAAUCCGUUAUAAACAAGAGACGGCGCAGAAGAAAGUCCUCCUGGUGAUGGUGACCAAGAUACCAGGGGUGCAGGAGAGCAGCUCCAGUCUGCACCAGCAGGGACAAGGCCCUCGUCUCCUGAAAGAAGUGAAAGAGGAGGAAGAAGAACAUGAUGUCUCCCAGCUCUCAUUCACUCCUGUGGAUGUGAAGACUGAAGAUGAUGAGAAGCCUCCAACCAGCUUAACUCUACACAUGAAAACAGAAGCUGGUGGAGAUGGAUGUGGAGAACCAAACUUGGGAAGGACUCCGCACCCCGCCCUCCACAGAUCGGGCUCUGACUCAGACACUGACAACAGUGAAGACUGGAGGGGAAGCGGCAAAACACAGUCAGGCUCGCGCUCAGUGGUGAAUCGAAAAGCUCAUGUCAGUGAGAGGAAAAAUGAUGACAAAUCACUGGUCUGUUAUGGAUGUGGAAAGCAGUGUUCCUCGAAGGCUGGACUGACGAGACACGUGAAAGCCUGCUGUGAAGGAUCUUCGACUUGUUUCAUUUGCAGAGAAUCUUUUUCAACCACGGCUGAUCUGAAGCUCCACAUGAGCGUUCACAAGGAAAAGAAACCAUUCAGCUGCCCUCAGUGCAGUGAUUAUUUCACUCGCAGAUGUGAAUUGGAGAAACACAUGAGAACGCACAACAGUGACAAAUGUUUCGUCUGCUCUCAGUGUUAUCAAGGUUUUACACAGGUAAAAAGUCUGAUGGAACACAUGGAAAUUCACAAUGAAAGGAGGCCUUUCAGCUGCCCUCAGUGUCAUAAACGUUUUACCACGAAAAGGGCCCUUUUGGAACACUUGAGACUUCACACUGGAGAGAGGCCUUUUGGCUGCUCUCAAUGUGGUGAUCGGUUUAACAGAAAAAGUAGCUUGGUGGUGCACCUCAGACGUCACACGGGUGAAAAGCCUUUUCUUUGCACACUCUGUGAUCAUCGUUUUACAGAUAAAAAGAACCUGAAGGCUCACUUGAGAAUUCAUACAGGAGAAAAACCAUACAGCUGCUCUCAAUGUGAGCAACGUUUUACACAGAAUAGAAGCCUGAAGGUGCACAUGAGAAUUCAUACUGGAGAAAAAGAGUACAGCUGCUCUCAAUGUGAUCAAUGUUUUACACAGAAAAGAAGCCUGACGUUGCACAUGAGAAUUCAUACAGGAGAACAACCCUUCUGCUGCUCUCAGUGUGACAAAAGAUUUGUCAGGAGGAGUGAGUUGGUGACACACAUGCUAACGCACACUGAUGUGAAACCUUUCCCUUGCUCUGAGUGUGUUAAAUGUUUCACACAGGAAAGGAGCCUGAAGACUCACAUGCAGAGAAUCCAUGCAGGCAAGAAACCAAUCACAUGCUCGCAGUGUGACGAAGCCUUUCUCAGUAGCUAUGAGUUGAUGGCCCAUGUGAAAACUCACAAUGAAGGAAAUGCCUUUCCUGAUGAAUUAUGUGGAGUGGAAGCUGGAACACCUAAGUCUUGAAUUCAAAUUAAAGAAAUUGGGAUUGUCAAUCUAAGAUAAAUUUGAUUAUUCCACAAUGGGGAGAUUUGGCAUGUGUCUGCCAAAUAUAUGCCUUUCGUCUACACAAGCAUUUUCAGUCACUGAAACAUUAACUUUUCUGAGAUCUGUGUGACCUAAAAGUAGGACAUCCCUUAACUGCACAUACGUUCUCAGAUCAUGGGGACAGCAUUGCGCAAAAGCGACGUUUAGUAAGUAACUUUUGCCCUGAAGCGUCAUGGUGACAACAUGAACUGACUUAGCUUCUUGGCAACAAACAAAUGAUCAAAUAGAGAGGACACAUCAGCCAAUGAAUAUAUCUGGUGCAUCCUUACUGGCCAGUCUUGGGUUUCCUCAAUCCUAAGGAAGCUGCUUCCCUCAAUCUCACACCUGAACUUCGCUUCCUAAGAUUCAGGACAGUCCAGUGGUCUUUGCGUGGGCAUGCAUUUUUGAGGUUGAGAACUGAGGCUGAGGAUCAAGGAAGAAAUUUGAAUUCUUGUCUCAGAGUGGACGGGGUUUUUGUUCUGUGCAGUCUGAAUGGUGCCUCAUGAACCUUCCAUCCACAAGUGUUUUCUUCACUACAACAAUGGCAGGCCUCGUGCUUGUUCAGCGCACAUUAAUGUGUGGCCAGACUUGCUGCCUGAGAUCAACCUGGAACCAGUUGAUAGGCUAAAUCAUUCCAAGAACUAAAAAGGUACCUACAUUGCGAAAGCAGCUUGAGACUCAAGGCCUGUCACACAAAUCAGCGACUACCUCACUGAGGAAGAGGGGAGGAGAACAAGGGACCCCAAAUCCUGUGGGUGUUUUUUGCCAAAUGAAAACUGUGUAUGACCUGUUUACUGCUGUUGCGUUGCCUUUUUGGAAGAAAAAUGUAUGCUUAAAGGGAAUAAAG